CGAUCUUUGGUCGACCAUCCCUGAGCAGGUGCGCUCGCGCMUGUGUCGUCACUUCUUAGUUACAAGUGCCAGGAAGGGAAAAAAGAUUUCCUUAGAGUUGCGGUGUCCGUUUUUAGACCGGUUUUAGUGACUUGUUUGUAGAGUUUAUGUUCACUUUUAUCAGCCGUGGUUGUCGGUAGGAGUUACCGGGAGCGACAGGUGGAGGUUGAGGCGGGAACAUGGGUAAAAAACAGGAGGACGAGAGUCCGGAAUCCGAGUACGGAGAACCUGCUCAGUUCGACCCAACCUUCAACGGACCCAUAAAGAAAAGAGGAUGCACGGAUAUAAUCUGCUGCGUUCUGUUCAUGGCCGUCGUCCUCGGCUACGUAGGGGUGGGAAUAUUAGCUUGGGUUUAUGGAGACCCACGACACGUUCUUUAUCCAAGGAAUUCAACUGGAUGGUUCUGUGGCKUCGGAGUGAACAAAAACAAACCCAACUUGUUCUACUUUGAUAUCCUGAAAUGCGCCACGUCUGUAAAUGUGAUGGCGUCGGCUCUGAACGGGCUUCAGUGUCCAACCACGCAGAUCUGUGUAGAAACGUGUCCAAAUAGUUUCUGGGCUGUCAGUCCUCUGGACUACAUCAACAAAMCACCAAAGGAUGUUUUUAAUCAGAGUCUGUGUGUUCCAUCUUUAGACCUUACACGGACUACUUUGUCGGUUAAACAAAUCGUGGACAUGGAGCUGUGUCCUUUCCUCCACACACCCACAGCCUCAGUGUUGGGCAGAUGUUUGCCUGAUGUCACGGCUCUGAGUAAGCUCCCGCCGGCGUUUACGGACUCUACAGGAUUGUCCGUCAACGAUACGAUCGGCCUCAUCAAAAACGGCACAGGCUCAGGGGACAUCAUACAUGGUUUUAAUGCCCGGGAUGUCGGGAUCAGGAUAUUUGAAGAUUUUGCGUCAUCGUGGCCGUGGAUCCUUGUUGGUCUCCUGAUCGCGGCUCUGGUCAGUCUGCUGUUCCUGCUGCUGCUCAGGUUCACCGCCCCUGUCAUGGUCUGGGUCCUGAUCAUAGGACUCCUGGGAGCCGGUGCUUACGGGAUCUAUCACUGCUACUGGGAGUACAGUAACUACAAACAACAAUCUGCCACCAUCAGUAACGUCGGUUUCACCACCAACUUCCAGACUUAUUUACAAGUUCAAGAAACCUGGCUGGCCUUUUUGAUCAUCAUAUGUGUGGCAGAAGCCAUCAUUCUCCUGACCCUCAUCUUCCUCAGAACCAGAAUCCUCAUCGCGAUCGCUCUCAUUCAGGAGUCCAGCAGAGCGAUCGGUCACAUGAUGUCGACGUUGUUCUAUCCUCUCAUCACCUUCGUCCUCCUGCUGAUCUGCGUGGCCUACUGGGGCGCCACUGCUCUAUAUUUGGCCACUUCAGGGGUGCCGGUCUACAAAGUGGUGGCUCUGAAUUCCACGUCGAGCGGCUGUCGGAGCAUCAACGGCACGGUGGACUGCGACCCUCAGACCUUCAACUCAUCGGCGUAUCCAGGCUGCUCGUCCGCCAGCUGCAUCUUCAUCAAUUACAACGAGGAAGGUCUCUUCCAGAAGAACCUCUUCAACCUGCAGAUCUACAACGCCGUCGCCUUUCUCUGGUGCGUCAACUUCGUCAUCGCUCUGGGGCAGUGCACGCUGGCGGGGGCCUUCGCCUCCUACUACUGGGCCUUCACCAAACCGGGCGACAUCCCCAUGUUUCCUCUGUGCGCCAGCUUCAUGCGCUCCAUCAGGUAUCACGUGGGCUCUUUAGCAUUCGGUGCUUUAAUCCUGACCCUGGUCCAAAUAGUGAGGAUCCUGCUGGAAUACAUCGACCACAAAACAAGAUCGGCGCAGAACGCGUGCGCGCGGUUCAUCGUGUGCUGCUUGAAGUGCUGCUUCUGGUGUUUGGAGAAGGUGAUCAAGUUCAUCAACCGGAACGCCUACAUCAUGAUCGCCAUUUAUGGGAAGAACUUCUGCGUCUCAGCUAGAAACGCUUUCAAGCUCCUGAUGAGAAACAUAAUCAGGGUCGUCGUGCUCGAUAAAGUGACCGACCUGCUGCUGUUUUUUGGGAAGCUGCUGGUGGUGGGAGGAGUCGGCGUUUUGUCGUUUUUCUUCUUUUCUGGGCGGAUUCCUCUACCAGGCAGCACGUUCCGCUCAGAAACACUCAACUACUACUGGAUGCCCAUCAUCGCGGUGGUGUUCGGCAGCUACUUCAUCGCUCACGGAUUCUUCAGCGUGUACAACAUGUGUGUGGACACGCUCUUCCUCUGCUUCUUGGAGGACUUGGAGCGAAACGACGGGUCUCUGCAGAAGCCGUACUUCAUGUCCAAAAGCCUGAUGAAGAUCCUGAACAAAUCCAACAAAAAGACGGGGAAAUGAGACGAACAGGUUUUAAUCGCCACGGUUUCAGGACGUUUAUCUUCUUCCGAUUAGCACAUUUUUUUAAAAAAACGAUGUGUUUACCAAAAUACAUUUGCUUUGUUUGCACUUUUCGUAUCGACUGUUCUCAGACGGUGAUUUAUAGUUGUGUUUUAAAUAAAAGUUAAUUUAACAGGUUAUGAAA